AUGAAGUUCACUCUCUUCCUGUUCAACGCCUUGGUGGCCAUUGUUCCGGCCUUGGCUUACUCCUCGACUCAGGCGGCUCUGUUCACCGAUGAUCACUUUUUCGGUCCGUACGUCCACAGCAAUGGGGACGGAUCUUGUAUCACGACACCUUCGGGCGUCAUCAAUUCUGUUGAGCUGAUUCCUGGCAUGACAUGCCAAUUGUAUCGCGAGCCGAGCUGUGCUCAGGAGCCGGUCUACCUGAAGCACGACAGUGCCUCGCUUGCACAUGACCUCGGAAGCCCUUUUCAUAGCGCCCGGUGCCUGAAAUAG